CCUCCUCCCUUAAACCUCACGCUCUCUGCCGCACGUGAGCCACCACGCGCACGAGAACAAACCGGCUCUAACGGCCCAAACGUCACAGGAACUCGCCAUAACACGGGGGGAAAAUGGCGGAUGACCCGAGCGCUGCGGACAGGAACGUGGAAAUCUGGAAGAUAAAGAAGUUGAUCAAAAGCCUUGAAGCAGCUAGAGGGAAUGGCACCAGUAUGAUUUCCCUCAUCAUCCCACCGAAGGACCAGAUCUCCCGGGUGGCUAAGAUGCUGGCGGACGAGUUCGGCACGGCGUCCAACAUUAAGAGCAGGGUGAACCGACUGUCCGUGCUGGGAGCCAUCACUUCAGUGCAGCAGAGACUCAAACUCUACAACAAAGUGCCCCCCAAUGGCCUGGUGGUGUACUGCGGAACCAUCAUGACCGAGGAGGGCAAAGAGAAGAAAGUCAACAUCGACUUUGAGCCGUUCAAGCCGAUCAACACGUCGCUGUAUUUAUGCGACAACAAGUUUCACACAGAGGCUCUUACCGCGUUGCUCUCGGACGACAGUAAGUUCGGCUUCAUCGUGAUCGACGGCAGCGGCGCUCUCUUCGGAACUCUGCAAGGCAACACCAGGGAGGUUCUGCAUAAAUUCACCGUGGACCUGCCGAAAAAGCACGGACGAGGAGGUCAGUCCGCCCUGCGAUUCGCCCGCCUGAGGAUGGAGAAAAGGCACAACUACGUGAGAAAGGUGGCGGAGACGGCCGUGCAGCUGUUCGUCUCCAACGACAAGGUCAACGUCGCCGGGAUGGUCCUCGCCGGAUCGGCCGAUUUCAAAACCGAGCUCAGCCAGUCGGACAUGUUCGACCCGAGGUUACAAGCCAAGGUGCUGAAACUGGUGGACAUUUCUUACGGAGGGGAGAACGGCUUCAAUCAGGCGAUCGAGCUGUCGGCCGAGGUUCUCUCCAACGUCAAAUUCAUUCAGGAGAAGAAGCUGAUAGGACGUUACUUUGACGAGAUCAGUCAGGACACGGGGAAGUACUGCUUUGGAGUCGAGGACACGCUGAAGGCUAUGGAGAUGGGAGCCGUGGAGAUUCUAAUCGUCUACGAGAACUUGGACACCAUGCGAUAUGUACUACGCUGCCAUGGAGCUGAGGGCAGUGGGCCUGAAAAUGAUGAAAAGACACUAUAUUUGACGCCCGAGCAGGAGAAGGAUAAAUCUCACUUCACAGACAAAGAGACAGGGCAGGAGCACGAGCUCUUAGAGAGCAUGCCACUGCUCGAGUGGUUCGCCAACAACUACAAGAAAUUUGGGGCGACGCUGGAGAUCGUGACGGACAAAAGCCAGGAGGGCUCACAGUUUGUGAAGGGCUUCGGAGGGAUCGGAGGAAUUUUGCGAUACAGGGUGGAUUUCCAGGGCAUGGACUACGAGGGAGAAGACGAGGAGCUGUACGACUUGGAUGACUACUAGGUAGUCGUGACGGGCGAACGGAGAGAACUUCCCCUUUACAACACCGCAGACAAACAGGAAAGGAAAAGAUGGUGAAUCAGCGACGAGUGCGUUUUGCACGUCAUUUACACGUCACACAGUGAGGAAGUCCUCCGACCGUGCACCGAUUCUCAAGCCUGCUUUUUUUUUUUUUUUUUUUUAAACUGACUCCUGCUGCUACUUUAUGAGCUUGUGGCAUUUUUAAUAUCGUACACAAAAAGCCAAGGGGAUUAAGCGUGCACCUCGAACGCCUGAGCCUCAAGCUCGUCGUCCAGCCCUGCGUCUGUUUCAUAUCAACCUCUGAGCCGGUUAAAUCUCUGUGAAGGACCAUCGCGUCGCCGGAUCGCCUCAACGUGCUGCUGAAGACGGACGUGUGUCUCGCUUUAGCCUUUAGCAAACGUCCCAAAACUGUUCGAAUGCCUGAAAAGUUUAAAUAGAUGAAAUACGACCGCACCGACUUCCGAACUGGCUCUGCGUUUUAAGAGCCGUGAGCUCGUAUGAUCUUAAACACAAGUUGGAUUUUAGUGACUUUACUCCCACGUGAGAACACCAGAUCAUGCCGGAAGCACUAAACGUUGUGGAAUUUUCAUCUUCCACUUCCUGCCCUUCCAACAUACAGUCUAUCAAUUAGCAGGCUUUGUUUUUAAAAAAAAAAAAAAAAUAGGAAAUGCAACAUAAGUUAGAGAUGUAAACUGAUGUAGGAUUUGAUCAGUUUCAUUCAGCCUUUAUUCUCAUACACACCGGGCAGCAGGUGGUAAAGCUCAUGUAUAGAGUCUAAUGAGCAAACACACACGCACACACACACACGAAAGAAGCUUGUAGUCUAACACGUAUUCCCUGCAUUUUCUCAUCUCUGUGCCUAAUCCAUCAAUAUUUUGUAUAAAAUCAUUUGUUACACGAGGUCACAGAUAUAAAACAUUCUGAUCAUUUGCA